GUGAUGUCAUCUUGAUGAAACUCAGUAAACGGAUCAAAUGCUCCAUCUGUCAACUAAGCUCACGACAGCUAUGACAAUUUGAUAAAUACUUCUCAGGAAAAGAGACACCAUAUUGGUGAAAGUCUAUAAACUGAUAAUCCUCCCUCUGCGAUACUUGCGAAAGAGAAGCCACUGUCCGAUCACGGAAGAACAUCAUCUCACUAUCAUACAGCUUAGGCUUUGAAAUCCCACUGCUUCCGAACAUCUCAAAGAACAGCUGGUCCCAAGGGAUAACAACACACUUACAGUUCUUCUGCCUGGCUCCAAGCCAACUUAUUCUUCCAAAUGAGUUCCGAGUCUCUCGAAAUGUCUUCUGCUACACGUGAAAUUUUAAGCAAGGUGCGCCAGAUGGUGCCGCCUAUGCUCAAGGAAUUCCACAAGGGUCAGCUUGGUCGAGUCGCUGUGAUCGGUGGAAGCGUAGACUACACAGGCGCUCCGUACUUCUCUGCCAUGGCCAGUGCUAAGUUGGGAUGUGAUAUGUCCCACGUAAUCUGCACGCCCGGUGCAGCAUCUGUCAUUAAGACUUACAGCCCUAACCUGAUGGUGCACCCGCUAAUGCGACAAUCACCACCACCCCACGCCAAAGACCUUCCAGCCUCGGAGACGGAUCCUGGUGAGAUUUCCAAGGAGAUCAUCGACAUGCUCGACCGUCUGCAUGUCCUGGUGGUCGGUCCCGGCCUGGGUCGCGACCCGCUCAUGCAUCAGACUUUGGCUAAGGUUCUUGCCGAGGCCCGCAAGAAGAAGAUGCCCGUGGUCAUGGACGCUGACUCGCUUGGCCUCGUGCAAUCAAACCCAGAGCUCGUCAUCGGCUGGAAGGAGGUUGUGCUCACGCCCAACGUGGUCGAGUUCGGACGUCUGCAGAAGGCACUCAAGAUCGACGACAAGGAGUUUGAGGGCAAGUCUGAGACGGCCAAAAUCGAGGCGCUAAGCAAGGCCCUCGACGGUGUCACAAUUGUUCAGAAGGGCGGCAAGGACUUCAUCUCCAAUGGCGAGGAGACGCUGGUCGUUGAUCUGGAAGGUGGCCUGAAGAGAAGCGGUGGACAGGGUGACACUCUCACAGGUAGUAUUGCUACGUUCCUGGCGUGGCGUAACGCCUACUUGGAGGGGCUAUGGGACCAUGGCAACAAGCUCGACGAGAAGGAGACUCUCAGAUUGGCGGCCUUUGGCGGUGCUUGCGUCACAAGGGAAUGCUCGAGAAGGGCCUUCCAGAAGAAGGGCCGCAGCUUACAGGCCAGCGAUUUGACCGAGGAAGUUCACCCUUCUUUCCUGACAUUGUUUGGCGAGAGCGAGCCUGAUGCUAAGUUAUAAAGAUCACAAAUCUGAUUAGUGAGGAGAUGAUAGCUGUAAUCAUAUAACUGGUAGUAUGGCUGGAGCAUGAUUUGAGCAUGACGUCUC